CUGGCUCUUACAUCUGAGGGAAGCAUCAGACAGACAGAUAAGUCAAUCCUCCGAGGUAAAUCAAGGGGAAGAUCAUAGCACUGGAUGGUGCAGGAUAGGAUAUCAUUGAAGGACCUUCACAGCAACCUGCAAUGAGACAGAGAAGCGAUUCAGAUGACCACAUUAAAGAGCCACACUGAAGCAGCAUCAAACCUGAGAGUGGAUUACAGAUCAAACACUGGAGUAAAGAUACAAACACGCAACCAGUGAAUUCAAGUGGACAACAGAAUAUCUGUGUUCCCUCUACAGAAUAAGCGUUGGUUCAGAGUGCUAGAACCUCGGGCUAAAACACACUGGACUAAACUGGAAACCAGAAGGUUGAUCUACUACUGAGCUAAAAACUACUGUUGAGAUGCCAGAGGAAGGUAUGGAGAACAGCAAGGAGGGAGAGGAGAGACCCAAGUGGAACAACAAGGCAGAGUACCUGCUGACCUGCAUUGGCUUCGCAGUGGGGCUGGGCAACGUGUGGCGCUUCCCCUACCUCUGCCAGAUUUACGGAGGGGGUGCGUUUCUGAUCCCCUACCUGAUCGCCCUGGUGUUUCAGGGUCUGCCUCUGCUCUACUUGGAGCUGGCUAUAGGACAGAGGCUCCGCAUGGGCAGCAUCGGAGUCUGGAACUCCAUAUCACCCUACCUGGGAGGAGUAGGUGUUGCCUCAAUGGUGGUGUCCUUCUGUGUGAGUCUGUUCUACAACACUAUCGUGGCCUGGGUCCUCUGGUACCUCUUCAACUCCUUCCAGGAACCCCUGCCCUGGAGCCAAUGUCCCCUCAACCACAACAACACAGGGUACGUGGAGGAGUGUGUAGAAAGCACGCCGGUCAACUACUUCUGGUACCGUCAGACCCUGAACAUCACUCCUAACAUGGAGACCAGUGGCUCUCUACAGUGGUGGAUGGUGGUCAGCUUAGCUACCGCCUGGUCUAUCGUUUACAUCUGUUUUAUCAGGGGGAUCGAGACCAUCGGCAAGGCUGUGUACGUCACAGCAACGUUCCCCUACCUGGUUCUAACCAUCUUUCUGGUGAGAGCCCUGACCCUUCCUGGAUCAUCUGAAGGUCUGAUCUACCUGUUCACACCUGACUGGGAGAUCCUGAAGAACCCCCAGGUAUGGCUGGAUGCUGCCACUCAGAUCUUCUUCUCUCUGUCAGUGGCCUUUGGUGGACUCAUCUCAUUCUCCAGUUACAACAGCCAGAAGAAUAACUGUGAAAGGGAUGCUGUUUUAGUGGGGGUUAUAAACAGUGCUACAUCUAUCUAUGCCUCCAUCCCCAUCUUUGCCAUCCUGGGAUUCAAGGCCCACACCAACUAUGUCACCUGUCUGAAUGGUAACAUCUUAGCACUGACCAAUGAGUUUGACAUUAGCGACAUGAACAUAACGGUUGAAAACUACGAGCAGUGGUUUGACUCUUUAAAUGGGACACAUCCAUCUAGAGUAUCCGAUCUCAACCUGAAGACAUGCGACCUGCAAACCUUCUUGGAUCAGAGUGCGUCUGGUACUGGGUUAGCUUUCAUCGUGUUCACAGAAGCGGUGAUAUCGAUGCCUGGCUCUCAGGUGUGGGCUGUGCUCUUCUUCAUCAUGCUGUUCAGCCUGGGUCUGUCCUCCAUGUUUGGUAAUCUGGAGGGCGUCCUCACGCCCCUUUAUGACCUCAAAUUGGUGCCCAAGUGGAUGCCCAAUGAGCUCUUCACAGCGUUGAUCUGCCUCGUAUCGUUCCUGGUGGCUCUGAUAUUCACUAUGGGUUCGGGGAACUACUGGUUGGAGAUCUUUAACAGUUACGUGGGCUCUGUACCUCUCCUCAUCAUCGCCUUCUUUGAGAUCAUCGCUGUGGCAUACAUCUACGGAAUAGGACGGUUCAGUGAUGACUUGGAGUUCAUGACAGGACAUAGACCCAACAUCUUCUGGAAGGUUUGCUGGUUGGUCAUCAGCCCUCUGAUGCUGAUCGUGGUGUUGGUGGCGUACGUUGCCGUCCAGGCCCAGACACAUCCCACCUACCCAGCAUGGAAUCCUGACUAUGUGAACUUCCCCGACACAGAGGUUCUGCCGUAUCCAGACUGGGUGUUUGCCAUCUGUGUCCUGCUGUCUUCAGUACCAGUUAUCUCCAUCCCUCUGGUGGCCAUCUACAGACUCAUCUGCUGCAUGUCAGGAAGACACUCUGAAGACCGUCUCCACAACGAUCCGAAUCCUUAUGCCAACGAAGGCUACGUUGUAGAGAGCUAGACCCUAGAAGACACUGUACUUCCUGUUUGAGCUUUUAUUGUAAACGGGAAUCAGGAGGCCAACGAAGACUACGUUGUAGAGAGCUAGACCCUAAAGACACUCUAUUUCUAUCUAUCCUCAUCUGAGCAACACUGUAAAACAACGCUGAGGUGAAGUAAUUGCCUCACAUCAACUGAUCUCGACAUUCCUUACACUCAUGAAUCAAAAGGGUGUUUAUUUGUUUUUAUUUCGUAAUAAUGAAGGACGGACGAUCGGUUGCACUAAAUUUGAACAGUGAUUUUUUUAAAUGUUUCCAGGAGUAGUUUUUUUGUCUUUUGGGUGACACAAAGAGGAUUGGAAAGCUGAGAAUCGGUGAAUGUUGGGUGUACCAAUUUUGACCAAUUGAAAAUUGAAUUGUUGGUCAAA